GAGUACAGGGGCAGGAUGAUUUCCCUAGUCCUGCUCACCACACCAUUCCUGAUACAAGCCAGGAUGCCAAUGGACACAGACUAGGAGACUGAAGGUAGAUGGAGCUUCGUGCACCCACAGCCCACGUGAGCUGUGCUGUGGUUUAAUCUACUCCCUGCACAUGCAGUCAGAGGUCUUCUGAAACAAAGGAAGCAAUAGCUGCCAAAGGCCCCCAUUAAAAACUCAUUCCUAAUUGCACAUAAUUAACAGAGGCUGGAGGAACAGGAAAAAUAUUCACUGGAAUCAUCAGCAAACUGCUGUAGUCUUCAGACUUUCAGUCAGUUUUAAACCAAAUUUAUAACUGUCUUUCGUGCUGGGUUGUCAGCACUGUGUAGUGAUAGGAUAUGAUAGGUAGAACUGUUAGCAAAGAGAAGUUAUUUUUGUUGUUGUUGUUUCAGAGUUUUACAUCUCUGCAAGUAAAUGGCAAGAACGUGCUAUUUCUGUUUGAUCUAGUAAUUGCAGUUUUCAGCCCCUUGCAAUUAGGUGACUGGAAGAAUAGUAAGGCCAGGGAAGAUUCCUACACUCAGCAAUUAUUAGGGCAGGCAUCAAUGAUGCAGAGGUAAAUAACUGGGGUGGAAGACAAUUAAUGCAUAUUGCAUACAAUAGAUAAUAUGUAUUGCAUAAAACGGUCUAUGAUUUAUAAGCAUUAGGCACGUCCUCUGCCUUUGUAUGAUGGGUAAAUGUGGUUUCUAGUUAGGCAUGUCCUUGUUCAGAGAAUCACAUAAUCAUUAAGAUUGGAAAAGAUCUCUAAGAUUAUCUAGUCCAACCAUCCACCUACCACCAUUACAGCCCACUAACCCACGUUCCUAAGUACCACAUCCACACGUGGAUAUAUGUCUGAAUACAGUCAUAGUGCCAGUAGCACAGUGCUUUCUACCUUUUCGAUAUGGCACAUGGAGUUUGACAGUCGUAACUAUGCAGUUGGCUCGAUGCUACUUGAUAAAACCCUGAGAAUGGUGGAGCGUAAUGUGCUUAGGCGAAGCUUAAGAUAAUCUCAUGCCUUCCCAGAAAGCAGAGCAGCAGGCUAAGGAGCUAUUCCUGAAAGAGGAAGGAAAAGAUGUGGAUCAAGAUGGGGAGCGUCCUGCUGUCUCUUCUUUUCUGGUACAAAGCUGUGCUGGCCCUGUCACCUGGUGAGGAUGAGAGACUGGAGCUGUGGCACAGCAAGGCUUGCAAAUGCAAUUGCCAGGGAGGUCCUAAUUCAGUGUGGUCCAGUGGAACUAACAGCUUGGAGUGCAUGCCAGAGUGCCCCUACCACAAGCCCCUCGGCUUUGAGUCUGGCGCUGUCACCCCUGACCAGAUCAGCUGCUCCAACCCCGAGCAGUACACAGGCUGGUACUCCUCAUGGACAGCCAAUAAGGCCCGUCUCAAUGGCCAAGGCUUUGGGUGUGCCUGGCUCUCCAAGUACCAGGACAACGGGCAGUGGCUGCAGAUUGACCUGAAGGAGGUGAAGGUGAUCUCAGGGAUCCUCACACAAGGGCGCUGUGAUGCUGAUGAGUGGAUGACCAAGUACAGCGUGCAAUAUCGCACUGAUGAGAACCUCAACUGGGUUUACUACAAGGACCAGACCGGGAACAACCGGGUUUUCUAUGGCAACUCGGACCGGUCAUCCUCAGUGCAGAACCUGCUGCGGCCGCCCAUCGUGGCCCGCUUCAUCCGCCUCAUCCCGCUGGGCUGGCACGUGCGCAUUGCCAUCCGCAUGGAGCUCCUCGAGUGCCUGGGCAAAUGUGGCUGAGUGCCCGCUGGGUAGAGAUGUGCAGGUGUGUGCCUGUAUGGCCAUCCCAUCUCACUGCUGAUGCGUGCUGCGGCCACCAUCCUGCCCACUCUAUAAACAGAAGGGCUUUCUUGAAUAAAACACUGCUUUACAUGA